UUCAUGUUGUUAUAUUGAUAUGAAUAAAUUUCUGAACCUGUUUUUUUUUUUCAACUUUGAUGCGUUACCAUUGUUUCUUUCCACGUAUUAACAUAUGCCCACCAACUGUUUGAUAAAAUGACUGACCCAAGAUGCAUCACUCUUUAUGCUCCUAGAGCGGAUCACAUGAUUUUUCAAGAUAUACUAAAAAACCUUGUACGCUGCAAUGACAACGGGCACAAGCACACAAGCUCCAACAAAUCUUGCAUUUGAGGCAAUAGCACGAAGAGAAGCUUUCGAGCGUCAAUUACAACAGCAGAAGAACAAAAAUACUAAUAGAUUUCUAGAAAAGAACAGAGUUAAAGGUUCUGCCAAUUUGAAUCGAGAUUCUGCACCGUCCACAAAUGCUGCAAGUACUCCGUCCAAGAAAGGCAAAUACUCUUUCACAUGGAAAACUGCUACACGAGACGCGGAAGCAAAUCAUCCUAUAUAUCUUCCACUCUCCCACCCGGUACAUGAAAAAUUAGCAGUGCCAAAUCUUGAGGCAAAUGUGGUGGACAAGAUGUUGCACGAACUUUUCCAGAGUGGCGAUUCAGCCCAGAAUUACCUGCAAGGAUCUAAAAAAAUGGAAAUUGAUAAUCGGGUCCCGCUUGAUAAUAAAGUACAAAACCGCAACGUGGAACUUUCAAAAGUUUUACGAAGCCACUCAAAGAGAUCUAAAAAGCACAUGUCCAUGAAACAACACAAGAAAAUCGGAUCAUUAGAUUUGCCUCAAGAUCUCCAUAAGUUUGAAUUGUUUCAACCGAUGCAUGAAAUGUGGAAAGAUUACAUGACCCAACUUUUAAAAGGCGCUGAGAAAAGUCAAAUGCUCAAAUGUCUUCUCAGUGCCGAUCUUCACGGUGCACAUAUUCUAGUUGUAGAAUGUAAAAUGGCUUAUUUCAAGGGGGUGAGUGGGAUCAUGAUCCGUGAAACCGCUGAGACAUUUGGAAUAAUCACAAAAGAUAAUAAAUUAAAAGUUGUGUUGAAGAAGAUUUCUGUAUUUAUGCUGCAAGUUGAUUGUUGGAAGAUUACACUGCAAGGUGAUAAGUUGACUUCCAGGAAAGUCGGUCAAUGAUUGGACAAAAUUGAUUUGUCAACUGAUCUUUUUGUCAACUUCAUAGGAAGGCGGUUUAACCUAUUUCGAGUCCUCAAGCUAAGUUUUAGUUCCUGGUAUUUUUUAUAUAUUUUUAGCAUAACAAUUAUCAUCUUUAUUCAAUGUUUUUUGUAAUCAGUUUCUUGUCAUUUCACAUUGAUAUUUAAGGAAAAAAAUUAUACUAUUAA